AUGGUGAUAAAGAGAAUAGAGCUAUGUAUUGAGCUAAUGAAGAUGGGUAUGGAGUUCCUAGUUGUGGUGGCUGAAGCCGUUAAGGUUUUUUUGCGCCACCGUGAUCCUCUGCCUCCACCGUCUCUCCUCCGUCAUGGCAUCCUCCCAGCUUCUUAUUCUUCUCCAUUCCUAUUUGGAUUUCUUCCCUGA